UGAGCUAGGCAUGCGUGCAUGUUUGCCGCUUCAGCACGACCUCUGAUCAGACAAGAAGUCACACACAUUUCUUGUGCUGCCUGGGUAACUCAUGAAGCUGUUUUAACUGUAAGUACAACAGUAAUAUUGCUGAAGGUGUUGAGAUUCGCCUUCUGAAGUGAGCUCAAGUAAGAAGAUAAUUUAGUGUCAUCAAUCAAACUACCUAGCCUUAACACCAAGAGGGAGAACAGUGCACAACAUGCCUCCAAAAAAAUCAGCAGCUUCGACUGAGAAAGAUGUGCCAGUUGAGAAGUCUUCAGAUCUCGGGGUAUCAAUAAAGUUCAGUGACUUCAGCAAUGAAUUACUGUGUAAUGAAGCAAGCUACAAAAAAUCUGGAAGAUGGCCGGUGGUGUUAGACCCGACUGGCAACGCGGCCACCUUCCUCAAGUAUCGAGACGCCAUCCUGCUCAAUGCUAGAACUCCGAAUGACCUUGUGCCGAACACCAUCCGGCGGGCUGUGCUGGCAGGAUUGAGAUACGGGAAGCCUCUGGUUCUUGAUCUAGAGGACUCGGACCUUUUCGACGUCUGCGUGACGAAAUUCGACGAAGUCCAGAAGGGACUGAUGGAUGAUAUCCUCUCCAAGGAGAUCAUGAAGAAUGAAAAGUACCUCUCCCUGGUCAAAGACACGGAUGGCCCAGAGUUUAAGGCGGAUUGCUUCCUGUCGGAGGUCAACAACUUCCUGUUUGUAAUUACCACCAAGAUAGCUCCCCCGUCUCCACUGCGGAUAAAGACAUUCGUGAUCGAGAUCAAUUGACACCACAAGAUGCUCAAUGAGAGGUCUUUCUUCCUCAGAAACAUGGUUAGACUAGAACAGGCGGAACGCAACAUUCUCCGGCAAUCCCUUCCAUGAGCCGAAUAUUUUCUUCUGUUUUAAGA